UCGUCGACGACAGAAGAUUAGAUUAAAUCUCAUCAAGAUAUGAAUGCAGAGAGCUUGCUGGUCUCGGCCGCCAUUAACAUAGGUUUGGCCAUCUUCAUUCUCUCACUCUUCUCCAUACUCAAGAACCAACCUUUCUACGCCUCCGUCUACUAUGCUCGCCGCCUUCACCUCCGUCAGAACCCUUUUGCUUCCCCCACCCCUUCCGCUCUCCACCGCUUGCUUCCCUCCCUCGAUUGGAUUCGCCGCGCCGUCCGCGUUUCCGAGGACGAGAUUCUUGAGACCCACGGCCUUGACGUCCUCGUCUUCAUCAGAUUCUUCAAAUUCGGGAUCAACUUCUUUGUGGUUUGCUCUCUCAUUGGUAUGGUAGUUCUUCUCCCACUAAAUUACACGGGUAGUAGUGUGCGACCAAAGAGCUAUCAUUCCAUGGAUGCUUUUGCAAUAUCUAAUAUCAGUAGUGGCUCUAACAGGCUUUGGGUGCAUUUUUCAGUCCUAUGUUUUGUUUCUUGUUAUGCAUUAUACUUGCUAUACAAGGAAUGUUCUUAUAUUUUACUGAAAAGGAUUCAACAACUGCGUAACAAAAGGCAAUACCCCAACCAGUUCACCAUUCUGGUUCGACGAAUUCCAUUUUGCCAAGAACACAAGGUUCGGGGAUGCUGCAUAGACCACUUUUUCACCAAGCAUCAUCCAUAUUCAUAUCAGUCUUAUCAGAUUCUUUAUGACGGGAAGGAACUUGAAAAUUUGGUGAACAAGGCAAAGUCUGCUGCAAAGAGGAUUGAGGACCUAAAAGUGAAACAAUCAACUAACAAACGCAGUGGAAAGUCUUUUCUUUCUGGUGCAUGUAGAAAGAAAGAUAAGAUUGAGAAACUUGAGCAAAUGCUUCAAGAACUUCAUUCCAAAAUAAGGCACGUAAGACGUAAAAUGAUGCUUCAAGAGAAGGAAUUGCCAGUUGCAUUUGUUACAUUCAGGUCACGAUGGGGUGCUGUUAUAGCCGCUCAAUCUCAGCAGCAUUCAAAUCCCUUACUUUGGAUCACUGAAAUGGCUCCAGAACCAAGGGAUGUGCUUUGGCGAAAUUUAGCAAUUCCGUAUAGGAUCUUGCCACUUUAUGAGAUUGUAAUUCUUGUUGCGGUGGUGUUUCUCACUCUUUUCUUUGCUAUACCAGUUACAGCAGUUCAAGGGAUCGCCAAAUAUGAAAGACUGAGCAAAUGGUUUCCACCCGUAAAGGCUCUGGAGUUAAUUCCAGGAUUAAAGUCUGUGGUUACAGGAUACCUUCCGAGUGCCAUUCUCAAUGGGUUCAUUUACAUUAUACCGUUUGCCAUGAUCGGGCUGUCAAGAUUAGCGGGCUAUAUCACGAGAAGUAAAAAGGAUAUGAAAGCGUGCAAGAUGGUGUUUUAUUUUCUCGUGGGAAAUGUAUUCUUUUUAAGCUUGUUAUCGGGGUCCUUACUUGAUCAGAUCGGACAAUCUUUCUCUCAACCCAAGUAUAUUCCUAGUCGUCUUGCUAGCGCCGUCUCUGCCCAAGCAGACUUCUUUAUGACAUAUAUCUUGACCAAUGGCCUGUCCGGAUUUUCUUUGGAGAUUCUUCAGCCCGGAUUACUUAUUUGGGAUGCUAUAAAGCCAUCCACGUGGGAUCGCGGGAAGGAAAGAAAUCCAUAUCUCUAUUCUUUACCUUAUUACCGGAUAAUUCCUUUUGUUGCUCUCUGUACACUUAUUGGCAUUGUAUAUGCAGUCGUCUCACCGCUGCUUCUUCCAUUUCUGGUUGGCUACUUUCUUCUUGGCUAUGUCGUCGUCACCAACCAGAUUGAAGACGUGUAUAUAACUUCAUAUGAAACACACGGACAGUUCUGGCCAUGCAUUCAUCACUACAUUAUUGUUGCACUCGUCAUCAUGCAAAUUACUAUGAUCGGUCUUUUUGGACUCAAAUCGAAGCCUUCAGCUUCCUUUGCCACAAUACCGCUCAUGAUUCUCACUUUGUUCUUUAACGAGUACUGUAAGAUUCGGUUCUAUCCUAGCUUUCGCCAUCUCUCUGUACAGGAUGCCACGACGAAUGAUGAACUCGACCAGAAGGAUGGCGUGAUGGAGGAAAAUGUAAGAAACGCACUUGAUGCGUAUUCUCCUCCAUGUCUGCUGCCCAUGGGGUUUGAAGUGCCAGAAUCGGGCUCGAUGGCACUGUCAGGCUCAACACAGCCAUUACUACCAUGAAAAUAGCAUGCCUAUAUAGACUGUUUCCUGUCCCAAUAUUGUGCCAUGGGGUAUAGAAAAGACGGCGACGACUGCACUUUUUUGAGGAUUUUCUGUGUUUUGAGUGAUUAGUACUUGCAAAGUUUGCUUCAUAUUUAUGUAAUCAUCAUCACAAAGGAUGGCAGGUAGCCUCAAAAGGAUCAUCUGAGUAUGUAGCUUAGUGCUAAACCUGCAAAAACACACACAGGGAGCUUCAUUAAUAAAACCAUGCUGCUAGUCAAUUCAGCAUAUAUACUUGUAAAUAUACAUAUUUUGUUGAUUGAGUAUUGCUGUAAAUAUUCAGAUGAA